GUUUGGAGGGAAGAGGGACAUCGUACGUAACAUUGGGUUUGUCGAUAAGAUCUCGGAUUGCGCUAGGUUUUGUUUAGAAGUCUGCAUGCCACCGUUUUUUUGUUGAUAGUCAAGGAAUUGCUUGGAUUGCGACCAAUGUGCUUUCUCUCAGGAAGCUGAUGCUUUAAUUGAACUUUUAUUGGAAGUGAAACUUUUACUUUGGUUCCCCAGAACAAACUCGUAAGACACAAUGGACCGGAAUACAUAUGAACAUGGGAUUUCAUUCAAUCGCAUAGAAAAUCAAGUUACGCAUAUUGCUUCACAAACCUCCCAGCUGCAUCAAAGUGGUUUAAAUUAUUGUCCUACCGGAGAAGGAAAAUCUCAAACUGAUCAAAACAAGAACUCGAGAGCUAACAAUGUCAAUAGUUUGAGUGAAAAUAACAGGUCUGAGAAUCAUAUUCAACAAAGUGAAGUUAUCUGGGGAGUAUGUAUGCCACCUUGUCAGCAAGUAUUGGAACAUGUUAAUGUUUCUUCUAAUGAAGGUGCAGACCCACAAGUGCAACCAAGUAUGAUAAAACAUGAUCCACUUGAUGUUGUUCCAUCUAGUCAACAAUGUUAUAUGCCUUUGCUCGGUAAAUCAUCUUCAUUUUUUCCUCCAGCUACUGUUCCUACAAGUUUCAGUGGGCAAUGUGGUGCAUACAGAACAAAUGGCCCCGUCCUCUUUAAAAAUGGAUCACUUUGUUCUUCCAAGGUUCCCCCCCUGUCUACUGAUUGUUACCAGGGAGUUGCAAGGAUUCCUUUGGAUUCAGUGAAGUCCAGCCGCUUUUCACUUGAGGGCAUGAGACAUGUUUCAGCUGCCGCUUCUCCUUCUCCUGAUCAAUCAUCAUCUGUCACGUCUUGUUUUGAAAUAGACACUGUAGCUUUUGACAGCCGACCUACUUUUCCUGGUAAACCUAAUGCAUAUGAAUUAAGAUUGAAAAGAUAUGGAGGGCUUUCCAAAGACAAUCAAAAUUUAUACAAUAAGAAGUUCCCCUCAGUGCCAGUGGAAAGCCAUGUCUUACCGCCUUCAACUUGCCCAAAUUUCUACCCGGAACAAAGGAAGUCCUCCGAUAUUGCCCCAAAUGCAUAUUUGGAUAACUUAGUUCCAUUUUCCAAUGAAGGAGUAUUAAGUUGCAAUGUAGUUGUACCUGGGUUUAAAAGACAACAAGAGGCAUUUGUGCAAUUAGACAAGUCACCAACCGCUGAAUACCAACAGCUGAAUAAGAAGCAUAAAUAUAUCUUUGAACAACAACCAUCUGUGUUGCAUGAUACUCUAUCAAACGGUGUUCAUUAUGCACCAUCAGAAAGUUCUGCUCUCAUUUCACAGCCGACAUUAGUUUCCAGACCUGUGACCAAUGUGAUGUUAUCCAAAGUUCUUAUGUGUUACAUUAAACACAAAUUAGAGCAUCCGGGGCAUUCACAAGCUUCUUUUUUAACUUAUUUGCAUUCAGCUAUAUGCAGACAAGGCAAAUGUAACUGCGACCUAUAUCUCAAAGCUACAUCUCAUUUUGAUAUUUGCCGUAGCUGGGAUUGCGUCUUAUGCAGCUCUGCCAGAAAAUCGCGUGUCAAAGGCCGAUCUACUUGGGGAUCAAGAAAGCUGGAGAGUAACAAGUUAAGCCACACCAUUGCUCGUGAUACUGAAGAUUUCCCUCCAUCUAAACAUGUGAAAAUGGGCAAUAUAUGUCAUGUUGAUCCAUCAGAAAAUGAAUCUCAUGAUGAUGUACAUGUUAUGAAUAUACAGAAAGGAGCAGAAAAGCCCGUAACAGAAAAAUUGCAGGAAGUGCAUCUUAUUGUGGAAAGAUCGAUUUGUGUCAGACCACCAGUAGCAAGCAGUGCAGUAAUGAUCAAUAAUACGACUGGGAUUAUAGAGACCCUGAAUCCUCAUGUCGUAGCAACCAGUGCUCAUGAUACUGAAGAUUUCCCUCCAUCUAAACGUGUGAAAAUGGGCAAUAUAUGUCAUGUUGGUCCAUCAGAAAAUGAAUCUCAUGAUGAUGUACAUGUUAUGAAUAUGCAGAAAGGAGCAGAAAAGCCUGUAACAGAAAAAUUGCAGGAAGUGCAUCUUAUUGUGGAAAGAUCGACUUGUGUCAGACCACCAGUAGCAAGCAGUGCAGUAAUGAUCAAUAAUAUGACUGGGAUUAUAGAGACCCUGAACCCUCAUGUCGUAUGCACUCAUCCUGAAGUUCUGAGUGAUUGCUCUAAAGUAGUGGAGAAAGUCGGUGAGCCCUGUAAAGCCGUUACGCAUGAUGUCACAGAUAAUUCCUUAAUAGUAAGAUCUGGUAUUGUUACUGAUAAAAUUCUUGACAUGACUCACAAAAGAUGGGAAGCUGUGUCUGCUUCUAUUCACGAUACUGAAAAUGUUGGCUCAGAUAAUUUGUCUGCUUCUAUUCAUCAAACUGAAAAUGUUGGCUCAGAUAAUCUGUCUGCUUCUAUUCAUAAUACUGAAAAUGUUGGUUCAGAUAAUUUAUCUGCUUCUAUUCAUCAAACUGAAAAUGUUGACUCAGAUAAUCUGUCUUCUUCUAUUCAUAAUACUGAAAAUGUUGGCUCAGAUAAUCUUUCGGUCACAAAUCCUGUUAGUAUAUCUUCACUUGCUGAAGCAUCCUUCGUCUCUCUAAGAGAGGAGGAGAAGCAAGUCACAGUCAUGCCUACUCUAACAGAACAUGCAGCAAAUUGUGAUCUAGUUGCUCCAGAAUCUGCUCAAGAGUUAAAGUCAAUGGAGUCAAAGACUUUGGGUGUGUCUUUAAUUGACUUCUUCACGGCAAAGCAAAUAAAGGAACAUCUAUCAAGUCUCGCACAGAAUGUUGGCCAGAAAGUCAGGAAGGACAUGGAUCAGAGCACCAUGUCACCCGCUGUUGCUGCAAACUUAUGCCAGAUGUGUUCCUGGAACAGGUUUGUUUUUGCAUCUGCACCAAUGUAUUGCUCAUCGUGCUGUGCCCGUAUUAAGCCGAAUUCAGUCUACUAUUGGGGGACGGAUGAAACGGAAACAAGACACUGGUUUUGUACUGGAUGCUUUAAGGGGUCACAUGGCGAUAAUAUAACAUUUCAUGGGAUUUCGAUUUCCAAGGCAAAGCUUACCAAGACAAAGAAUACUCAAGAAGAUGAAGAAUUUAUACCACCUUUGCAGUGGGUCCAAUGCGAUAAAUGUGAGGGUUGGCAACACCAGAUAUGUGCUCUUUACAAUGACAAAAGAGAUUGCGGAGGAAAUGCAUCAUAUAUUUGUCCAGGAUGCCUCUUAAGGAGAAUGGAAAUGGGAGAACAUGUACCUUUGCCAAAGACUGCUGCUUGUGGAGCGAAAGAUUUGCCAAUCACCAAGCUCAGUGAUCAUAUUGAGCAUAGACUCUUUAAACGUCUCAAGCAAGAAAGGGAAGAUAGGGCACGUGCUCAACAUAAGAAUGUCGAUGAGGUGCCUGGAGCAGAGGAUCUUGCAGUUAGAGUGGUAUUAUCUGUCAACAAACUGCUUAAAGUAAAUCAGCAGUUUCUGGAUAUAUUUAAUGGUAAAGAUUACCCAACAGAGUUCCCUUACAAGUCAAAGGUCAUUCUCUUAUUUCAGAAAAUUGAAGGGGUAGAUGUGUGCUUAUUUGGGAUGUAUGUUCAGGAGUUUGGUUCUGAAUGUGGUCUACCAAAUAAUCGUUGUGUUUACAUAUCUUACCUUGAUUCUGUAAAGUACUUCAGGCCUGACAUUAAAACUGUUGCCGGCGAAGCUCUUCGUACCCUUGUUUACCAUGAAAUACUGAUUGGCUAUAUGGAAUAUUGCAAGAAACGAGGCUUUGUUACAGGUUAUAUAUGGGCUUGCCCACCUGUGAAAGGAGAAGAUUAUAUUCUGUACUGUCAUCCAGGAGCUCAGAAAACACCAAGAUCUGAUAAGCUGCGCAACUGGUACAAAUCAAUGCUUAGGAAAGCAACAGAAGAGAAUAUAGUGGUGCAAUGCACAAACUUAUACGAUCAUUUCUUUGUGCUUAAAAGAGAACAAAAUGUAAAGAUAACUGUCGCCCGCUUGCCUUGUUUUGACGGUGACUAUUGGUCUGGCUAUGCUGUGGAAAUGAUGAAAAAUUUUGAUAAAGGAAAUGGAGGAUCUUCAAGUAACACGAUCAAGAAAGCUCCAACGAAGAGAAUCUUUAAAUCAAUGGGUCACACCAAUCCAUCUGACGACUCAACUAAAGAUAUUCUAAUUAUGCAAAAACUAGGGCAAACCAUCUUACCCGUGAAGGAAGACUUUAUUGUAGUCAGCCUACAGUUUCCUUGUACAAAUUGCAAUGGAGCAAUACUACAUGGAAGAAGAUGGUCUUGCAGUCAAUGCAAGAGCUUUCACAUUUGUGGAAAAUGCCAUGACGACAUACCGCAUCUCACUGAAGGGGGCACACAUACUACCACCAGUGGGGAGAAACAUGUAAUAUCCGAGGUUGAUGUUGACGAUUUGCCUGUGGAUACAGAGGAUAGUGAUGUUACCAUAGAAAAUAGCUAUUUCGAGAAUCGACAUUCUUUCUUGAGCUUCUGCCAAGUGAACCAUUAUCAAUUCGAUACACUUCGUCGAGCUAAGCAUUCCUCAAUGAUGAUCCUCUAUAACCUUCACUGUCUAACGACCACCACCAACAACUGCAGCAUCUGCAAUAUCGGUAUAACUGCAGCAGCCAAUGGAUGGCACUGUGACACCUGUCCCAAAUUUAACGUCUGCGAUUCAUGUUAUCAACAAAAAGGUGAUAGCUGUCAUGUUCAUAAGUUGAGUGGACGCACAUCCAGUUCCGAUGAUUGUUUAAAAGUUAAGCAGCUUGUGCAGAAGAAACAAAAAAGUGUUGAGAAAGAAGCAUUGGAUCUAAUGUUCCAUAUCUCUAAGUGCACACCGAACAAUGAAGGUAGAAAUGGAAGCACCUGCUCUUAUCCAAACUGCCUUAAGGUAAGAGAGCUCUUCCGCCAUGCAACCAGAUGCAGUCAACGGGCAUCUGGGGGAUGUAAUCACUGUAAAAAAGUGGGCUCGAUGUUGAAAUUGCAUUCCAUGAAGUGUGUAGACAUGGAUUGCAUAAUCCCGCAUUGCUUGAGUAUAAGGAAUCAUAAGAAGAUGAUGAUCUUGCAGUCUGAGAAGCGGAGAAGGGCUGCUGUAGUCCCUUAGUAAACCUGAAUCAUGGCUGCAAUUGUACAGCUAUACCAAAUUAGAAUAAAUUAGCUCAUUAAGGGGGGGGGGGGACCUAACUGUCACUGUGAAUAUCUAUAUCUAUAUCAUAUACUUGAGUUAGAUCAAAGGGGAUGGAUGAUGCCAAAUUUGGUUACUUUUGUAGAGAAAAGUAACAGUGUUUUUUGAUAGAUAGAUAGAAUAAGGACAUAUUUGCAGACAAAAUAAACAAAAUUUAUUUGUUGGAUAUCCAUUCUUCUCGUCUAUGAAAAUUAAUUAGUAAUUACAUUUGA